AUGGAGAUCAUAAUACCAACUUUGUUUUUCACUCUUCACACGCUCCAGUACAAAUGUGUUGCAUGCUACAAGCAGUAUAAGAAAAAGGAACAUCUUGUCGAGCACAUUAAUGUCUCGUUCCAUUCAGUUCAUCAGCCUAGAUGUGGAGUGUGUAAAAAGCACUUCAAAUCUUUUGAAUCACAGAGGGAGCAUGUCACUGGACCACUGGCAAAAGAAAAUUGCAAGAGGGUUUUCUCUGAACAAGGUUGUGAUCUAUGUUUGAAGAUUUUUGAUAGCCCUAUUUCUCUGAGCGCGCAUAAAUAUAUGUGUCGCCUAUCUGCACCUGUUCCUCUGGUAACAAUGAUGGAGCGAUGUGAAGAAUUUAAACAUGAUAUAAACUCCAGCAACAAAUAUCACGUUGGAGAUGGUACGGAAGCAAUUGCUCUGGAUUGUGAAAUGGUUGCUGGUGGAAGUGAUGGAUCACUGGACCUGUGUGCAAGGGUGUGCCUGAUUGAUGAAGACGAGACUAUCCUCUUCCACACUUAUGUGCAGCCCCAAUAUCCUGUCGUUAAUUACAGAUAUGAAGUUACUGGGUUAACAGAAGAGCAUCUCAGAGAUGGCAUGCCACUCCAAAAAGUGCAAGAUAAGGUUUUGCAGAUUUUGUAUAAUGGAAAGACCAAGCUUCUUGUGGGGCAUAGUUUAGAAAAUGAAUUGGAUUGCUUGAGAAUAAACUAUCCUGAUUACCUGCUGAGGUAUAAGAGUUUCUGUUUUUCUUCUGUAAUCCUCUUCUUGAGAUAUGUGAAUCAUGAGCACAGUGUUUCUAUAGUUUUUCUAGAUCAUGAUCCAUAUGAAGAUUGUGUGUCUGCUAUGAGACUCUACAAAAGGUUCUGUGCGCUAGAUCAUCAGAAAGAAGGCAAUGUGGCUUCACUUGCUAUGCUGUGUGCAAAAGACAUCCCUGGAAGUUUUGAUUCUUGGGAAACCGACAAACUUGAGAAGAUGACGGUCGAUGAGCUUUAUGAAAUGUCGAGACCAAACUACAAAUGUUGGUGCCUGGAUUCAGCGCAAGCAAUGCAACCUCAGCAUUAGAUUCUCACUUGAAGUUAAGUUAUUGCAAUUUUCGUUCACAUACCGCAGGAUUGACAGAAACAUCACAUGUAGGAAUAUAUGUAGGAAUUACAAGUCUGAAGCUGUUGGAGAUUCUGAGCAAGGGUACCAUCGCACAUAUGUAGUAGGAAUCUUGUUAGGGGGUCAUGCCUUAAUGUUAUAUAAGUUUGUUCAUGCCUCCUUUUUCGUCAUCGGUCUCGGAUGGUGAAAUGAUGCAAAUUCUCAAAGGCCCCGUUUGGUUUGGGAGAGAGGAUUUGCAUUUGCAUUUAGAUUUCAAAUCUAUGGAUAUAAUUUCUUGACAUGAUUUUGCUGCUUGGGUUUGGGGGUAGAUUUCAUCUGUGUGAUUUGGAUUACCUACAGAGUACGGAGCUUCUGCCCUGUGGUGCACAUGAUGAGAUGCUUAAAGGUUAAGAGGGUGAGUUAGUAAUUUACAAGGUGGGUAUACGUAUAAAUUUCUCUAAAGGUAGAACUACUUUUUGUUUUAUACGUAUAAACCGAAAAAGGAGGGUUGGGCCUCUGUCACUAUUUACGGCCCACCUAGCCCAUUUUCAGCUGUCAGAUUAGCAACCACUUGUGGGCUUGUGGCAUUCUAAGGUAAUAGUAAUACCAAAGCAAAUGUAAAUUCUGCUCCGAAAAAAGUUAACCCAAAAAAUAAAAAAAUUAGAGGACUACUGUUCAACCAA